CUUCCCACGGCGGUCGCUGAAACAAAGCAGAACGUAAAGGCCUGUCAGUAUGUCCAUCAAGUCCAUUUAAAAAGUUGCAAAGGAGUCAUGGAAGUGACGGCUUUUAUUCCCUCACGACAUCAACGAUGCUGGUCUCGACUUCCCUUCUCUUGAAGACAGGAAGAUAGAGAGAGAUGGAUCCUUGCCCUUUUGUUAGGCUCAUCGUUGAGUCCCUCGCUCUAAAGCUUCCGACGGUGUCCAAGCCGGCUGGACCGGGCGUCCACCCCUCCACCACCCCCUGCUUCUGUACUUUCCAACUCGAAGACCACGCCUCCUCUACCCAAACUGCUCCUCUUCCCAUCGCCACCCCCUCCUCCUCCGAUCCGUCACCACCCGCAUCCCUGACGGAGACCGCCUCCGCCAUCUCCGCAAACCCGGUCGUCUUCAGCCUCGACCCGGCCGCUCUCCAGAAGCUCUCCGGCAAGCCGGCGAGCCUCGUCGUCUCGGUCUACGCGGGCCGGACCGGGAGCACCUGCGGGUUCAGCGCGGGGCGGUUGCUGGGCCGGGUGCGGGUCGAGCUGAGCCUGGAGGCGGCGCCGGCAAGGGCGAUGGUGAUGCAAAGCGGGUGGGUGAGCGUGGGGCGCGGCUGCCGGUCCGCGGCCCGGCUACACCUGGUUGUCCGGUCCGAGCCGGACCCCCGGUUCGUGUUCCAGUUCGGCGGCGAGCCGGAGUGCAGCCCAGUGGUGUACCAGAUCCAGGAAAACGGUGGCGGUCAUAGUGGGUGCCUUCGGCAGCCAGUUUUCAGCUGCCGCUUCUCUGCCGACCGCCGUCGGAACACCAGAUCCAGAUCACUGCCAUCCAAUUCCUCCAACAACAGCAUCAUCAAAGGCUGGUUUGGUUGUUUGGGGAGCGAAAGAAACCAUAGACGGCGGGAUAAGCGCAAGGGAUGGACGGUCACGAUCCACGAUCUCUCGGGCUCGCCAGUGGCCGCCGCGUCCAUGAUCACCCCCUUCGUCCCCUCCCCCGGCUCGGACCGGGUCUCCCGGUCCAACCCGGGCGCGUGGCUCAUCCUCCGGGCCACUGGCUUCUCCGGUUCGACCGCCAACUGGAAGCCGUGGGGCCGGCUCGAGGCCUGGCGAGAGCGGGGCCCAGUCAACACCUUGGGCUAUAGGUUCGAGCUCGUCACUGACUCCGGGCCCACCGACCGGGUCCCAAUCGCCGAGUCCUCGUUGAGCGUCCGAAAAGGUGGGCAGUUUUCCAUCGAUCCCAGCGUCGCCGGUGACGUCGUGUCGAGAUCGGAGCCGUUCGUUGGGGGAUUCGUGAUGGGGUCCACCGUAAAUGGGGAAGGAAAGGUCAGCAAGCCAACGGUUCAAGUGGGGUUGCACCAUGUUUCAUGUAUGGCUGAUGUUGCACUAUUUAUAGCGCUAGCAGCAGCCGUUGAUCUCAGCAUGGACGCUUGUCAGUUGUUCGCUAAGAAGCUAAGAAGGGAGCUGUGCCAGGACCAACAGGAGUAUAGCCUUUAAUUAUAUCAUCCAUUGCUCUUGUGAGGUGAUAACUAAUGGCUUCUCAUAAAGUCUUGGUCUGAUCAGAAGGGAGGGAUGGGCUACUUAUAUUCUUUUAUUGUUUUGUUGAUUAUUUUUCUCUUUUGGUUUUGUGGUUCCUCUUAUAUUUGAUCAGUGAGGCUGCCUUGAUGAAUGUUUGUGAGCUGGGUGGAUAUUUGCGAUUUUGUGGCUUUUGAUGGUUUUUUCUCCUCUAAAUCUUGGAUUGGAGAGUGCUGGAAAUGUUAAUGGGCAGAACAUUGCGGGAUUUUGUUUAUGUCGAUACACCGAUCUAGAUAUAGAUUCCAUCUUAUAAUUUAA